AUGGCGUCGCUCAGCUCGUUCCUCUCACAGGGGUUAAAUGAUGCGAGAGUGGUUUACGAAUGGGAAAACCCCACUCUUUCGGCUGCUUUUGGGGGUCUCCAGGUCUGGGCGCAAAGCCCAGGGGAAGAGCAGAGAAGACGGCUCCAGGAGUACCUAGCAGCCAAAGAAAAGCUGAAAUGUCAGAGUGCAAAACCCUUUCUAAAGGACCGGACGAAUUGCCCGAAUCCACCCCUAGAGCCAGUUUCUAAACUAGAGUGCGUCGACAGGAACAAGAAGGAUGUCGUCAGAAACAUGGUGAAGGGAGCUCAGAGGGAUGGCAAGCUUGGUGCCAAACCCACGCAGCACGCUGGCCACGCUGCUCAGCAGAAGUCUUCAAAUGCAUCCCAGAGAGCAGUGGUGGUGCGUCCAGAGCCGCCGAGGCAGAGCGCAAAGCUUCCCGAGGGGCUUGUGCCAAGCAGGAGCCACUCUGCGCAGCCCAGAGGGAGGCUCCCAACGUCCAACUCCGGUCACCUCGAUCCAGAAAGGAGCAAGAAGCCUGCACGGGAGACCGUCAGCGCAGCAGCACCUCGGACUGGAAGCGACCACCCCGCUCCUGGGGCACCUUGCUCCCUAAAUGAGGGUCUGCAGGACAAAGAAAAUGUCCGAGCACAAGCCUCUACGCACCCUGGGCUGAAGAGAGUUCAGCAGCCUGAUGGAAACAGUCUCGGGAACAAGAGAGCCUUGGCUCACAGGCAAAGCUCAGCCACGGCAUCCAGAACCGUCACGGGCCCAAAGGACAGAAUUAAUAGCCGCCAGGCUAAGGAAGAGCCGAUUCAGGAUAAAUUCAGGAAAACCCUGCCAGGCUCAAAGAGCGCACCUCAAAAACCAAGCAUCAAAACUCAGCCGCUGCAGCGCCCUCAGUUAAUUACCGGUUCUACUAAUUUGCUACAUAAAAAACCAGGGCCAAACCAGGAAAAAACUAAUACGGCAAGGAAAAUGAUAGAAAAGCCGCUCGGCAUGCUUCCAGCGGGAGGUCUUAAGCCCCACAGCAGACCCCCCCAGCUGCAGAGACCUCCCGCAAAGCCCCCAGCCUCCAGCAGGCCCCAGGGGACCACAAACCCAAAACCCAGCCUGAAACCGGGCGGCACGGUGCAGCGGCAAAGGCCUGAGGCUAAAGGGGAGGCGGGUAGGAAGGACGCGAAGGUGGUGCCUCCCGGAUGCGCGGCAGCGUCCCGAGUGACAGUCCCCCAAAACCAGCCUCGCCGCGUACACGGCUCCAGAACUCAAGCAAUUGAGAGCGAUUUUAGGAGUAGGAGAGAGAGGCUUAAAGCAGAGGCAAGUGGACUACAGGCUAGGCGCGUUCCCAAGACCCCGUCGGCUGCGGAUCGUAAGAAACAGCUGGAGGAGUGGUUGGCGUCCAAAGGCAAGACGUACAAGCGGCCGCCUAUGAUGCUGCUUCAGAAAAAGCCAGUGAAGCUGUCCCAGACAAACGUCAAGGAGAAAGAGAAGCAAGAGAAACCAGAGCAGCUCUGCCUGGAGCAUAUCAACAACGUAUUAACCGAGUGCCUGAAGCUCGUUGAGGAGGGCGUCCAGGAAGAGGAGCUCUCUGCGGUGCUGUCCCGCGUGCCCCAGGCAGAGAAAUUUGCCAAGUUCUGGAUCUGCAAAGCGAAACUCCUCGCCCAGAGCGGCCCUUUUGACGUGGCGGGGUUGUACAAAGCAGCAGUCUGCGCUGGCGCCGUGCCGCUCCAGGAGCUCAGAGAAGUUGUCCUUGAUAUUUUGAAGGCUGCAGACCAAACAUCAGAAGGGGAAAAGGCCAAGCAGCCCGUUCCUUGGGAGCCCACAGUGCCUUGCCCGAGGGAGACGCAGCACGCGGCAGCGACUCCCUGCCUGGCCGGGAGGUCCGGGACGAGCCUGCCCGUCUCAGUCAAGUUACAAGUGACGUCUGCAACCAGAGGAAGGGAGUUGCUGGAAGGGCAGGACCUGAAAUUCCUGACGCCAGUGCGGCGCUCGCUGCGGAUAGAGCGGGCUGGGAGCCGCUACCCAGGGAUGCUGAAGGACCACGACCCUGUGGUGUCGUCCCUCAGUGAAAUCCUGGAUGCUGAGGAGGAGACUCAGUUCUUCUUCCGGAAAAACAAGGCUUUGCCGGAGGUGGCGGAGCUGGAGGGUUUGAGUUUGUAUCCCCCGGAGUGCUGCUGA